GCUGGCGGUUCAAGGACGUAGUAGCCGCCGAGGUCUUGGUUGCGCCUCUGAACCCAGCCAGGCUGGCCGCAUGUGGCCGGCCGGCGAUCCUCAGGCCCUCCCGCAUUGCGGGAACAGCAACCACUGGGAGCACUGCAAACCUACGCCAAACCAUCCACGUGACGGCGAGGGAGAAAGAGAAGGGUAA